ACCGCUUAGCUUGCCCGCCGAUAAGCUUUCUCAGAAUCGUUGUGUCUGCGUUUCGAGGCGCGCACUUGGUAAUUGUAAUAAUAAUAAUAUUGUUACAAAAAACGUAUUAUUGUACACUUUUUCUCUCAGAAAUCAGGAAAGUAACGAUCAGUUUUAAGCUUGAAGAUCGCAAGAUUAAGAAAAGUGAUUGCUUUUUCCGUUCUCUCUGUUUUCGAAGAAGUACUUUCGAGCGUAUACCGGCUUUCGAGUAUUGUUUCUUUUUGGUGCGAAGUUCUUGUGCAAACUGUUGCUUUCUUCGGAUUGUGACUUUUGAUCAUCGGCUUUUUGGAUCUACUGGAACGACCAGCUGUUUAUACAAUUUCAUAAACUGAAGACAGUGAAGCCAAUCAGAAUCGAGAGGAUUUGCAACAUGCGCUAGGACCGGACGUCACUUUGGAAAAAGGAAAGAAUAAUUGCUUUUUGCUUUACCGCAACCUGCUUGUGCGAUAACCAGUCCAACGAAAUCUUCUCAAACAAAAAGCACAAACAACAAAUAAUCUCGAAACACAUUAGUUACUCGAAAUGGACAAUAAUUCUACCUAAUCCAGAAAUAUAAAAAGGAUUUUUUCCGUGUGUGCUGUGUGUCGAAACGUCGCGUUUGCGUCUUCAGUGAUAUUAUUAGAAGAAAAGUAGGAUAUUUUUGACGAAAGAAGAUCGAAAUAAAAUGGCAAUGGUAAAUCUGUUGAACGGAAAGGAUUCGCGCUGGCUCCAGUUGGAGGUGUGCCGGGAGUUCCAGAGGCAGAAGUGUUCCAGGCCGGACACAGAGUGCAAGUUUGCGCACCCGCCGGCCAAUGUGGAGGUGCAGAAUGGCAGAGUAACAGCCUGCUACGACAGCAUUAAGGGCCGAUGUAAUAGAGAAAAACCACCCUGCAAAUACUUCCAUCCCCCACAGCAUCUCAAAGAUCAGUUACUAAUCAACGGAAGGAAUCACCUUGCCCUUAAAAACGCAUUGAUGCAACAGAUGGGACUUACACCAGGACAACCCUUGGUUCCAGGCCAAGUCCAAGCGGUGGUGGACCCGUCAAUUGAUUGCCUUCCUUUGACCCAUCCAUAUUUCUCCAUGCCAUUCGAUGAGCCGUAUGCGCUGAUGGCAGCCAAUCCCUACCUGACCGGAAUGCCACAAGUAGGCAGUACGUACAGUCCGUACUUCGCACCAAAUUAUCCAGGCCCCAUCAUGCCCACGAUAAUGGGCCCCGACCCCACAGGAGUGGGGUCACCACUCGGGGUCGUACCGCAGACAGUGGUAGCCCAACAGAAAAUGCCUCGAUCUGACAGAUUAGAGGUGUGCCGCGAGUUCCAGCGCGGGGCGUGCAAGCGCGCAGAGUCCGAAUGUCGCUUCGCGCAUCCCGCCGACGCCGUGACCGCCAACGAGGACGGCACGGUCACCGUCUGCAUGGACGCAGUCAAGGGCCGCUGCAACCGCGACCCCUGCCGCUAUUUCCAUCCCCCUCUGCACCUCCAAGCCCAAAUCAAGGCGGCACAGUCGCGGGCUAGCGCGAUGGACAUGAAAUCUGUUGGAUCGUUUUAUUAUGACAAUUUUGCCUUCCCAGCGGGCAUGGUCCCGUACAAGAGACCGGCAGCGGACAAGUCCGGCGUGCCCGUAUACCAGCCGAACGCCACCACCUACCAGCAGCUGAUGCAGCUGCAGCAGCCAUUCGUGCCCGUGUCAUGUGAGUAUCCCACUUCGCCCGCUCCUCCCCCCUCUUCCGCAGCUUCGCCGUCCAUCCCCGAAGCGGCUGCGUCCGCGCACCCGGCCGCCGCAGCCGCAGCUGCCGCCGCCGUCAUGGCGCACCAGCUGCAGCAGCAGCAACAGCAACAACACGCACAACCGCCUCCUCCUCGACCUGCUUCGAAAGAAAACGAAUCGCAGCUGUCAUCUCAGGCCGCGGCUGCUGCUGCCGUUGCAGCUGCUUCCAUAGCUCCCCCCGCCAGUAUGACUAGCUUACCGGGCGCACAACCCAUGUAUACUGACCCCGCCGCGUUAGCUAAGGAAGUCGCACAGCAAAACUACGCUAAAGCUGUUAAACUGGCCGCGAUGAACCAGUCGCUGGCUCAUCAGUCGCAAAUGGCACCUCUGAAUCCUCUAAAUUACACAGGAGUGGCUUUGAACAAACAGGCUUUGGGCAUUCCGCAGACCGCUUUGCGCUACCCUCCUACUGCUUUGCCUCUCGGUUUCACUAGCGCCGCCGGGGGGCCGGGUUUAACUUUAACCCUAGCCAAUUCGUAUUCGGCUGCGAUCGCUCAGCAACAACAGAAUUUGCUCGGUAUCGGGCGCGCGGCGCCUCACACAGCUUUCAACUGA